AUGAUUCAAGCUGCACACAUCGGCAUUGGUAUCUCAGGUGUUGAGGGUCUACAAGCAGCGCGUUCGGCUGAUGUCUCUAUCGCACAAUUCCGAUACCUUCGCAAGCUACUGCUUGUCCACGGAGCCUGGUCAUACCAAAGAAUCUCCAAAAUGAUCUUGUACUUCUACUACAAGAACACGGCACUUUUCAUGACUCAGUUUUGGUACUCUUUCCAAAACGGCUUUUCUGGAGAAGUCAUCUUCGAAUCCUGGACGAUGAGUUUCUACAACGUUCUCUUCACAGUGAUGCCACCCUUUGUUCUUGGUAUUUUCGAUCAGUACGUCUCGGCUCGUUUGCUCGACCGAUACCCUCAACUCUACCAACUCAGUCAGAAGGGUGUGUUUUUCAGAAUGCAUUCCUUUUUCAGUUGGGUAGCAAACGGCUUCUACCACUCCCUUAUCCUUUACUUUGUCUCCGAGCUCAUCUUCCUGUGGGAUCUGCCACAAAGCGAUGGCAAGAUUGCUGGACAUUGGGUGUGGGGAACAACUCUAUAUACGGCUGGCCUCAUCACGACUCUUGGUAAAGCAGCACUGAUUACCAACCUCUGGACCAAAUACACUGUGAUUGCGAUACCUGGCAGUCUUGCUGUCUGGUUCAUCUUCUUACCCAUUUAUGCGACUGUUGCACCCAAGCUUGGAUUCAGUAUGGAAUAUGCUGGCGUAGUUCCAAGACUGUUUCCUAGUCCUGUCUUCUGGCUGACGAUCAUCGUUCUUCCAGUCCUUUGUCUUCUCAGAGAUUUUGCCUGGAAGUAUGCCAAGCGCAUGUACUAUCCCCAAGCCUACCAUCAUGUUCAGGAAAUCCAGAAAUACAACAUCCAGGACUACCGGCCAAGGUAUGUAUCUCCUCCCUGCUGUUUAUGCCGGAUGCCACUAAUCUCGAGACNNAGGAUGGAGCAAUUCCAAAAGGCGAUUCGCAAGGUUCGCCAAGUACAGCGCAUGCGCAAACAGCGUGGAUACGCCUUUUCGCAGACCGAUGAGUCACAAGCCAGAGUGUUGCAGGCUUACGAUACAACGAGAGAAAGAGGAAGAUAUGGUGAGAUGGCAAGUAGCAGGGACUAA